AUGGCCUCGGGCGACACCCUCUACAUCGCCACGGACGGCUCGGAGAUGCCGGCCGAGAUCGUGGAGCUGCACGAGAUCGAGGUGGAGACCAUUCCGGUGGAGACCAUCGAGACCACGGUGGUGGGCGAGGAGGAGGAGGAGGACGACGACGACGAGGACGGUGGCGGCGGCGACCACGGCGGCGGGGGCGGCCACGGGCACGCGGGCGGCCACCACCACCACCACCACCACCAUCACCACCCGCCCAUGAUCGCGCUGCAGCCGCUCGUCACCGACGACCCGACCCAGGUGCACCACCACCAGGAGGUGAUCCUGGUGCAGACGCGCGAGGAGGUGGUGGGCGGCGACGACUCGGACGGGCUGCGCGCCGAGGACGGCUUCGAGGACCAGAUCCUCAUCCCUGUGCCCGCGCCGGCCGGCGGCGACGACGAUUACAUUGAGCAGACGCUGGUCACCGUGGCGGCGGCGGGCAAGAGCGGCGGCGGCGGCUCGUCGUCGUCGGGCGGCGGCCGCGUCAAGAAGGGCGGCGGCAAGAAGAGCGGCAAGAAGGGCUACCUCGGCGGCGGGGCCGGGGCGGCGGGCGGCGCGGACGCGGGCAACAAGAAGUGGGAGCAGAAGCAGGUGCAGAUCAAGACCUUGGAGGGCGAGUUCUCGGUCACCAUGUGGUCCUCAGAUGAAAAAAAAGAUAUUGACCAUGAGACGGUGGUUGAAGAACAGAUCAUUGGAGAGAACUCACCUCCCGAUUAUUCAGAGUAUAUGACAGGAAAGAAACUUCCUCCUGGAGGGAUACCUGGCAUUGAUCUCUCAGAUCCCAAACAACUAGCAGAAUUUGCUAGAAUGAAGCCAAGAAAAAUUAAAGAAGAUGAUGCUCCAAGAACAAUAGCUUGCCCUCAUAAAGGCUGCACAAAGAUGUUCAGGGAUAACUCUGCCAUGAGGAAACAUCUGCACACCCACGGCCCCAGAGUCCACGUCUGUGCAGAGUGUGGCAAAGCUUUUGUUGAGAGCUCAAAACUAAAACGACACCAACUGGUUCAUACUGGAGAGAAGCCCUUUCAGUGCACGUUCGAAGGCUGCGGGAAACGCUUUUCACUGGACUUCAAUUUGCGCACACAUGUGCGAAUCCAUACCGGAGACAGGCCCUAUGUGUGCCCCUUCGACGGUUGUAAUAAGAAGUUUGCUCAGUCGACUAACCUGAAAUCUCACAUCUUAACACAUGCUAAGGCCAAAAACAACCAGUGAGAAGAAGAGAGAGAAGACCCUUCUCAGCCUCGGGAAGCAUCUUCCAGGAGUGUGAUUGGGAAUAAAUAUGCCUCUCCUUUGUAUAUUGUUUCUAGAAAAGAAUUUUAAAAAUGAAUCCUACAUACCCAAGGGACAUGUUUUGAUAAAGUAGUAAAAAUUUAAAAAAAAAACUUUAAUAAGAUGACAUUGCUAAGAUGCUCUAUCUUGCUCUGUAAUCUCGUUUCAAAAACACGGUGUUUUUGUAAAGUGUGGUCCCAACAGGAGGACAAUUCAUGAACUUCGCAUCAAAAGACAAUUCUUUAUACAACAGUGCUAAAAAUGGGACUUCUUUUCACACUCUUAUAAAUAUGAAGCUCACCUGUUGCUUACAAUUUUUUUAAUUUUGUAUUUUCCAAGUGUGCAUAUUGUACACUUUUUGGGGAUAUGCUUAGUAAUGCUAUGUGUGAUUUUUCUGGAGGUUGAUAACUUUGCUUGCAGUAGAUUUUCUUUAAAAGAAUGGGCAGUUACAUGCAUACUUCAAAAGUAUUUUCCUGUAAAAAAAAAAGUUAUAUAGGUUUUGUUUGCUAUCUUAAUUUUGGUUGUAUUCUUUGAUGUUAACACAUUUUGUAUAAUUGUAUCGUAUAGCUGUAUUGAAUCAUGUAGUAUCAAAAUAUUAGAUGUGAUUUAAUAGUGUUAAUCAAUUUAAACCCAUUUUAGUCACUUUUUUUUUCCGAAAAAUACUGCCAGAUGCUGAUGUUCAGUGUAAUUUCUUUGCCUGUUCAGUUACAGAAAGUGGUGCUCAGUCGUAGAAUGUAUUGUACCUUUUAACACCUGAUGUGUACAUCCCGUGUAACAGAAAGGGCAACAAUAAAAUAGCAAUCCUACAGAAAGAAUAUGGCAGAAAAAGAUCUGUAAGCACAGUCUUAUUUCCUUUUGUUGUCCAGAAUAAUUAUAAUUCUUGAGCCUCCCAGAAAUUGGAAGUUAAAUAAAGCAACUCAAGUUUCCUUUA